CUCAUCCACCCCGCCUCCAACCCAGAGCCAUGUCGAAACCGUCCAGCCCAUUCACCUCCUAUACCGACACCGCCAGUACCUACUGGCCGCCCGGCUGGAACUUCCAGCGGUAUGCCCACGCCACGCCCGCGGACAACGCCGCGCUGUCGGACGAGGAGCGCGCCAAGAUGCAGGCCGGCUUCCGCGAAGCGCUCGGCGAGGACGGCGUUAUGGAGAUGGCCCGCGUCGUGUGGCAGGAGCAGCUGCGCCGCAUGAAGCUCGAGAAAGAGUCUUCUUCUGCCGCCACCGCGUCUUCAUCGUCGUCUGCGCAGAAGCAGCAGCAGCAGCAGCAACGGCCUCAGCCACCUCCCCCCGACUGGCUCAAGACUUGGCGCAAACGGGCGGGCGGCGACGGCGGCGGGGCCUGGGGCUUCGUCGCGUUCUGUACUUCCAGUGCCAUCGCCGCCAUGCCGGAAUCGGACAUGGCCAAAUUCCACACACGCGCACGGGAGAUGGCGGAAAUCCCGACCCAGAAGGCGCUGGAGGAGGAAGGGCAGCCGGCCGACGAGAUCGCCGAGGCGCGACGCUCGUUCGAGAUCCGCUGGGUCGAGGUGGACGACGACGACGAAGACGCCAAGGGCGAGGAAGGAAAGGUGGAGGCGGGGACGGGAGGAGACUGGGUUGAGAAGGCGCGCGCCAGUUAUCGCGCCAUGCGCGAGUCUGGCGUCCUCCCGUCGGGUCUCGAUCUGCCCGUCUUCCUCUGCGCAUCACCCGCCGCCGUGGCCUCGGUGCUGCGGACGUCGCCGGCAGAAGCGAAGGAGGCGCACGAGGGGAAACCGCGUUGGCGAUCUGGCGACGUCCCGUUCCUGCUGGUCGCGGCCGCGGAGACGGAGCAGGGGAUCGUCGAGGACGACGACGAAGAAGAAGAAGAAGAAGAAACCAAGGUUGGCGGUGGGGAAAGGAGCUGGUUCAAGCCCGUUUUCAAAGCGGCCGCCGAGGUGCUGGUGGACGAGCUCUGGUGGGUCGUCGCGGAGCAGAUGAUGUCGCUGGGCCAGAUGACGAGGUUUGUUCGGGGCGCGACGGUGGCUGAGGAGCAUGUCACGACGACCGAAGAAGAGAGGCAAGGGGAGGGAGGAGAGGCGGCUGAUGUUGGUAGUGGACGGGCCGAGGAGUCGGGCCAUGACGACGGGCUGGAUGACAUCUGGUGGACAGUUCACAUGCCGCCGCGUCAGAUGAGGAAGAGGCGGAGGGUAUGAGCGAGAUCUGGAUAGUGAGUCCAAAGAGCUAACCCGAGAUACUUUUCUCUUCAAAGUACUUCAUCCGUUUGGUGCCGGGGAUGGGGAUGAAAUCUAGAAAUCAAGAGAAGUUGGGACCUAGAUAAUUUGGGGAACCAAGUGUGCAUAUGCUAUAUCGAGAAGAAAAACCUGUAACUCUUAGAACUGAUUACACUGGGGAGGUCAUUAUAUCUCAUUCAAUUAACAUUCUACUAAAAGAGGGUGACCGUUCUCAGGGGUUAUCUACGACACUAACGACAAUCCAUGUGACGGGGCUUUCCGUAGACUGACUGCUACGCUGUGGCCCGUAGGGGUUCUGGUGGGAAAUAGGUAAGAUGUAAGUAGUAACAAGUCACUUAGGUGUAAACGUCAAUCAA